AUGUUGUACAGAAUCAUUAAGAUUGGAAAAGACCACAAAGAGCAUCUAGUCCGACCAUCUACUCACCACCACCAUGCCAACCAUGGUGUGAAAUAUCACUUUGAUCAGUUAGGGCCAGCUGUUCUGGAUGUGUGGGCUUAUUGCUAUUAUUCAGAGGUACUAAAGCUUGAACCAAGAAAUGAAUCUGCUAUCAUGAAUCGUGCUGUUACAAAUACAAUAUUAAAAAAUUUUGAAGAGGCAAAAGAAGACUUUGAGAAGGCAGUUUGCCUCUGUCCAUUAUCUGCAGCAGUGUAUUUUAACAGGGCAAAUUUCUAUAAUGCAUUAAAGCAGUAUGAACUAGCUGAGAAAGACAUUUCAACAGCAUUGUCAAUUCAGCCUAAUGAUGCCACGAUGUACAGACUAAGAGCUGAUAUUCGUGCUAAAUUGGGUUUCAGUAGAGAAGCUGUAGAAGACUACAAGCAAGCAAUCAGCAUACAAGAACAGACUGACUACAUGUGAAAAGAUAUUGGUUCUAUUUACACAUUUCUCACACUUUAAUUAAAAAGUCCAAUGUGCAAGAAAUAUCUUUAUCUUAAUAUAUUUUAUACACAUUGUAUUUUCCUAACAAAUAUAAUUACUUUGUUUCAGUCCUGAACUAGCCAAAGUUAUGAGAGCAGAAUGCCAUAUUUUAAUUGUUAUGAGUUAUAAAUUGUUCUUUAUUUCUUAGUGUUGAAAAAACAGAUUGAACCAUUUGGUAAAUGAAAGUAGUAGUAAUGAUAAACAAAAAGCUUGGAAGAUAGUGAUGACUGAAGGAUGAGAGAUGCAUGCUACCAACCAGUAUAAAUGCUUACAGUGAUGGGAGUUAUAUGUUGCCUGGACCAUCUAAGAAGAAAUAGCUUUAAGGUCGAUGGCUAUCAAAUGCUGGUAACUGCUAGCUAGGCCUUACUUUUUACCUUAUUGUCCUUCUACACCUCUUCAUAAUGUUCCCUGUUCCCUGCCACUGGCAGUGGACAAUGUGCAACAUAUGCCAUUGAGGUGCAUGAGAACUACUCCAAGAACUUGAAUUGGAGAGGAAGGUGUAAUUCAUCCUGAGAGCAAAUGUUGAGGUCACUUUCUUCUGUGUAAAUGUGGUACAAUGUAUCAGCUUUGAAGAGGCAUAUAAAAAGCCCGAGUAAUAGACUAUGGUUUUGUUCUAAACUUGUAAGAAUCACCUCAUCUGAAUAUGGAGAUGUAAGUACGAAUCAAUGUGAUCAACAUUAAAAAACUGCCAGGCUCUACUCACGCGCUAAAUUAAAGCCCCCAGUUUUGGCAUACUGUGGAGAAGACAGUGAAAGGAUGGAGCUAAAUAGUUGUCUUUCCUUAGAAAAGUGAAGAAUUAACCUUUUUUUUCACUCCAAAAGUGAUUUUUAAGUUGUAUUGUUGAGAUGAAAGUAAAAAACAUUGUCAUUGAUUUGUCAUUAAAAAAAAAAAAAAUCACAUUUUAUUUUCUGAGUUCUUAACCAAUGCUUUACACUCUUUUUGUAUAGUCCCUGUUCUUAAUACCUAUGUGGUAAUUAUGUCGUCAGUAUAAUAGACAAGAAGUUUAGCUUUGUUCUGGCAUCUAAAUUUUGCAUUUGUAAUAUCACAUUACAUUGUAAACAUUUUUAUACUUGUCAUACUUAUGAUGUUUAGGCUGGAAAAAAAGAAGUACUGGAAAUUGAGUAUCACAACUAAUGUCUUAAUUCAGAAAAGCAUUUGACUCUAUCCCUGCUCUCCUUGAUUGCCCUCUUAUCUUGCUGCUUAACACCUACAGUGAUGAGACUUUGUCCUUUGUAAGAUCUCUUAUGCUAUGGUAGACUGGAAUAGAUGAAGCAAAAUUAAAAUGCAUAGAAGUUGAGAAAAAAAGA